AUGAUUCAUGCAUUGCUACAUGACGGUUCCUUCAAAGACAGCCCGCGUAGUGCAAUGUGGGAUAUUUAUUUCAACCCGGUUAUACGUUUACAGUCUUCGCAAAUCCUUCAAUACCAUAUCCACAUCUUGAGUAAAGCAACGAAUAGCCUGGAGAACUGGAAGUCCUAUAUUCUCUCUGAAGUUAUCCGAAUUGGGUCCCUCGCAACACUCAAAGAACUCAACCGGAUUCUUAAAAGAUACGAAGGUAUAAUCCUCGACCACGAGCUGAAGGCCAAGAUAAAAAACAAGAUGUGGGAGCAAAUUAAGGGUCAAGCUAAGACAGAUGCGUCAUGGAUGGAGUACUUUGCCCAAUUCAGUUGGGCACAGAAUGACACUCAAGUAAAGUUAGAAUGGGCGCUGAGCCGACUAAUGCAGGAUUAUUGGAAUCAAGGAAGACUCGGCUCAUCAGUUCCCGAUGGCGAAGCAGACGUGAAUCUGUUGUUUUUGUUAACGCCUUAUGGGGACUGCAAGCGUGCUGACUUUAGAAUGAACCCAAUCCUGGCCUUCAAAAGCUAUGUUGAUAUUCAUAAUGAGUAUGUGAAAAAGGAGGACUCAGAGGCAUCGGGAACCCUUAAGUAUAGCAAUUUAAAAUGCUAUGAAGUGCAAAUGCAAGAGCUGCUCGGGGCUUGUACGGCUGAAUUCAUUAAUUGGGGAAGUUUUUUACGUACUGCAUCCUCUUACAAGAUGGUUCAUAUCUCAGUUAUCUUCUCUGACCCAAUGGAGUAUUUACACGAAGUCCGAAUGCUAUAUCCUCCGAACUCGGCUUUUGCGACCUGCAAGAUUAUUCAGGAGAUAUAUAGCCCCAAUUGCGAUGGUGCAGAGUUCGAUGGCCCAGAAAAUUUGACUUAUACAUCUAUAGACGCGAGGUACGUUGCAUAUAAUACUGGGAUCUGGAACCUUCUUUUAGGGGCGGCGCCCGCCCUUGAGAGUCCGGGCGGAUUGGUAAUCACGGAGAGCAACAUCGUACAGACAGAUGAAGGGUACGCUCCCGCUCACGAGCUGUUUGGCGUCGACGAAGAUACUAUUUGCACACUUCUCGGCUUCCGUGUACUUUCGCUAGAAGAUCGAAAUUACCUGGAACUCUCGCAAAUAUUUGGGACUACUGAUAUUCGGAUAUUCCAAAACGGACGGUAUGCAUUCACGGAUCCGGGUACUUGGAAUAUCGACCUUCGAGCCAAUCAUGCGAGGCUUGAUUUUGAAUACGACGAGAUUUUAGGAGUAGUGAUCAAUAUUUGGAACUCGAUGUUUGAGACACACCUUUUAAAGGAUUGGAAGAAUUCCGCCGCCACUUUCUCCCUGAUGAUGUACUGCCUAAGAAGCCAGUGCGCUGGUCGCUUGGAUUGGAGUAAACUGGGCCGAGAUGUUCUUGCCGCGGUACCACCUGAUUUGGCACGCAAUGAUGAAUUCUGGGUUCACCAACAUAUACACGGACUUGCACCAGAGAAAGUAUGGCAGUGCAAUGGUGAAGAGGUGGAUGUAAAGAUGGAAAAACGCCUCGUGUGUAUUACGAUCUUCGUUCCAAACACCAUCUUCCGGGAGCUCGAUGACCAGAUCCGAAAUCUGAGACGCCUUGAGCGAUCCAGGAAUUUGGACCCUCUAUUCGAAGUUCGGCUUUCGCAUCUUUGGAAGGGGGAAGAGUGUAAGGGCCAUAGGUACCGCAACCUAAGGGUCUCACACGGAACGCUUAUGGAACCGGAUGGGUGGAAAAAAUACCCUAGGGCUGAAAACAAUUUCCACGUAUACACAGGUGCGCCGAUUUUGAAAUGUGUGAGGGAUGGAUUUUUCUACCUACCGAAAGGGUGGAUUGCGUUAUCAUUUUUAACGGGGUUGGGGUUACAGGAGUUUGGGUUAAAAGAGGUGAGUUAUGAUGUUUUGCUGGUUAAUGGGUUUGAUCGCAGUAUAGAACCGGUUGUUUUGCAGAGUGGCGUUUUGCACGAGAAUAAUGAGAAAGAUGUUAUGUGCUUUUCUAGAAGUUUUCCAGUUUUGGUGGAGGAUAGGACGUCCAAGGACAAUAAAAGAAAUCGGAAGAAGAAGAAAAAGAAGAGUAAGACUCAGGGUGGGAAACAGGCUAGUGUUGAGGGUGUGGAGGUUCUAAAUGAUGGCAAUGAAGAAAGCCAGAGAGCGAAAGACGAGGAAAAUAAGGGGAUAAAAGAUGAGCAGGAUGACGAGUCGAAGGGUGAGAAAGAUAACAUUGUUGACCUUAAAGAUGAAGGGGCGGUAAAAGAGGAAGGGCCUGUAAAAGAGGGUGACGAUGAAGCAGCUGGUGGGAACGAUACAGAAACCGAGAGAACUGCAAAUCUUGUAUACAUGGGAGGUUAUUCUGAUGAAAGAUCAAUCUUCUUACGAACUCGCCAGGGAUUUGAUUUGCGCCUGCUACAGGAGGAGUUGGGCGAGGACAACCAAACAGAAACGACUCAGACAAUUUCAGCUGGGGCUUCAAGCAUUGAGAUACGCCUGCAGUUUCAAGGUGGUCAUGGUUCAAGAACUUUUAGACUCGGGCUCGAUGGGGCGGAUGAUUCAGAAGUGGGGGACGAUCUAGAUGACAGGAACGAAAAACAGGCAAGCCAAAAGCGGAGGCCGCAUACGAAUGAGAAUAAAAAGCCGACGGACACGAAACAGGUCGUCAAUACUUCCCUACCUGAAGCGUGGAAACCUGCACCUAGGGAAUUUAAAGGGCCUCGAAGCUUCGGCUGGGCACACUUCGGCCGAAAUGUUCUAAGUCGAGGGCCCAAAGGAAAAGGUGUUGACCGUACCGUCGACGAGGAAUCUAAGCGGUUUUCAACGGUGCAAGCCAGGAGCCAAGAUCUAAAUAAUUUGGGGCAGGACGUUCAGGAUUUGAGGCAUUCACAUGAUAGUCUGUUGGGUGAUGCUGAUACUAAUGCAGGAGCUCGACAGCAGGAUUUAGUGAAUAGUCCUGUGCGCUUGAAUGCGGCUCCGAUACCUAUUACUGCAUCUCCAUCUAGACCGGCAGAUUUCGAUAGGGUGCCCAAAGGUGGAAAUCUACAAGAGGGGAGGGAUACAACCGCGUACGUGAAAAUUCCCGAUACUGGUAAAGGGAGAGCGUACGGGGAGCCAUUGGAGGAGUUUGAUUUGAGCUUCCUGACGCUAGAUAUUCUCGGCGACGACCUGGAAGAACCUCCACUUGAGAUUUUAAAGUUCGAUAUCUUGGGAGAUGACGAGCCACGGCUGAUCGAGGACGACCUUCCGGGACAUAUCUAUCGUAGAGGAGAUUUUUACUACUGGGGACAAAAGGAAAACUUUGACAGGUCGAAAACUGCUGGAAAAGCCCCGUCUAAGUUUCUAGAUAGCCAUAUACAUAGAGCGGUUACAGGGACGCCUUUGAAUGAGCGAGGUUUACCAGGUAUUCCAAGAGACGACGAAGACCGAGAGGAGAUAAUCUCCGUUACAGUGGAUGACGAUGAAGAUUGGACAGACUGCACUGACGAUGAUCAGCAAAACCAAGAAGACCAUCAAAAUCAGGAAGACCAGCAAUGCCAAGGAGACCAACAAGACCGAGGAGACCAGCAAAGCCAAGGAGACCAGCGAGACCAAGGAGACCAGCAAAGGCAAGAGGUUAUAAAUGAUGAUAAGUAUGAUUGGGCUGAUGACACCGACGAUGAACCCCCAUUUGUACCACCGGAAUUCCAUCCCAGGCCACCCCGGGCUCCCGAAGUUAAUAUGGCCAACUAUACUUUCGACCAAAGCCCUAGGAAAAAGAAUGUAUGCCAACCGCUGUUCAGACCAUUCCCACAAGAUACCAUUGUUGAGGAGCCCUUCCAACUAGAGGAUUGGAAGAAUAUCUUCACAUACCAAAAAUUGUGGGCAGCACAACAAAAUAGAAGAAGGAAUCCGUGGAAUGAUAGGUGGGGCUGUGACACAUGGGGUGAGAGACGUAAGCGGGUGCCACCCCACGAUAGUCCGAAACCACCUAGUGAUAGCCCGAAACCACCUCGUGAAAGUCCGAAACCGUUAUUGAAUACUCAAAUUCCGGUUUCUGGGACUGUUGCAAAACCAGGGAGCGUGGAGAGGACGUUGGAGCGGAAUAAGUGGUGGAAGAAUACGGGUACUUCGCAAUCGGGAACUGGGCAAGGGGGGGUUACAGGUUCAAAUCCCACGUGGGCAGACAUCGCGAAAUCGGGUACCCUGGAACCCAAUCCCAUGAGUCCAAGCCCCCGGGGACCAAAUAUUGCCGGAGCAAAUACUACGAAAGCGCGUGCUACGAAUCUAAAUCCCACAAGCCCGAACCCCAAUUUGAAUGUCAAAAGGCCAAACCCCGCGGGAGCGAAUGCCGCGAAACCACAAACUCCGGGGCCGAACCCCGCGACUUCGAGCUCUAGGAGUUCAAAUGUUGCGGGGCCGAAAACUGUAAGACAGAAUACUGCAGGACCAAAUGCUACAAGGGAUACACCGAAUAAAGUUUCGCAACGACACUCUGACAGGGCCCAGACCCCCGCACCGGUGGGGAGCAGACCAGCACCCCCGCCUCAAAGAAAGAGGGGUAUGCCAGAAAAGCCGAUGUCAGUACCAUGGAGUGCUAUUGCGGCAAGCCUCUCGGACACAACGUUAGAGGGGACCACUUCUAGUCUAGAAACGGCCGUCCCAGUUGAUAAAGCAAAUCAGAAGCUCGCAACUGUUCAGCAAAAGGUAGCUGGAUCGGGGGUUAAAUAUACACCUGCUGAAGCCCCAGGGGCUCAAAGGGGAGAUGCCGCCAUGGAGGGUAAGGCAACCCUGACGUUGGAAGAUACUCAAGGAGUGCCAGAUGCGCGGGAGGGCAGAACGGCCAUAGCUCCAGAAAAGCGAUUGGAAAAUAAGUUCGCACAGAGCCAAAAACCCCAGAAGUUGAAAGACACCCAAGAAAAGCCACCAGAAUGGAGGACUAAACCACCCGGGCCUCAGGCACAACCGGCACAAGCUUCUUGGGGCAGCAAGAUGACACAGAUGAGAUACAACCCUAAGAAGGCUACGGUUAAUUAUACGAAGACUAAUCCAAUAAGGCUUCCGGAGGAUGUCCCUAAAAAGCAAGUUGAGUCGGCGAGAAAUGUUGCGCCGACGAAGAGCUCAGAUACUACCCAAAAAACGAUUAAUACAGAAAACAAAACCCCAGCGAAAAAACCGCAGAGUGCGGUGAAAGAGACGCCACCGAAGAAGGAGAGUGAGGAAAAAGGCUCGCAGGAUGAAGGAACCGGAAAGCAGUUCAUGGAAGAUAUCUCCAAGAAGACCUUUAGAAAGCUAUUUGGAAAGCGACAACGGGCAGCUCUGCCAGCAGCGCUUAAAGGGCUGGGGCAAGAGAUGACUCAAGAUGAACCCGAAAAUGGGUUACAGGUCGGAGUCGAAAGAGCGGAUUCAGAGGGAUCACAAACUAUGUCUGCGACUCCACAAGAGGAGCCAGAAGAACUACCCCGAGAAGACCCAAAAGAAGUUCCCAGAGAAGCGGGAAAACAGCCAACCCGCGACUUUUCUCUAAAUCCGCCCCAAGAUUGGCUCCCGCCGCCGAAGAAGGCGUCCCGAAAGAAGCACCGAAACAAAGGCCGGAAGGAAGCUAGGGACGAAGGGUCACAGGCAGAAACUAAUUCGGAAUCGCUUAACCAAGAACCCGAAGAGCCGUCUCCUGAGCCGGCUCCUGAGAAUCCAUGGCAGGCGCCUACUGAAGCACAAUACAGUUUCUUGCAAAGACCUAGUCAGGUGCCUCGAGAUGAUCCAUGGGAAGUUGUACAAAAGGGAUCUAAAGUGUUCGGUAGAAAGCCUUCUCCAGAGCCCGUCGAAGAGGUCCCACAGAAACUAUUCGAGACGCUAAGGAAUUUGACUGAUGAAGUACCAGAGGAACCCGCUGGAGCGCCUGAAGAGGCACCAAAAGAGAUAACCCAAGAUACGCCCCAGGAAGUGCCCGACCAGUUGCCCGAAGAAAUACCCCAGAAGCCGCCACAAGAAGAGGCAUUGGAUAAGCAAAAAGCUGAAGAUUUAAAGGGAAGUGAAGAAAUGGAGCAGGAAAUACCCACUAGUGAAGGUGCUCAAGAAGUUACAACACCCAUUAGAGCGGAACCAAAUAAGAGAAAGAGGAAGAAACAGAAGGGCAAGAAGAAGGAGGAGGGUGUUGAUCAGGAGGCUAAUGAUGAUGAAUCAUGGUAUACCGGUAAAAAGCCAGAGCCCUCGUCACCUGAGGGAUCACAAACGGAAGCCACCCACGAACUGUUACCGAUAGGAAACAUGGUUGAUGUGUUAGGCGAAGAAGAUGCGGUACCCGAAGAUCCAGAACCGAAGAGUAAACCCCUUAUUUGUAAAACGAAGAUCCGGUUUGAUGAGUCCCGUAGACAUAUUAUUUCUCGGACUGCGACUAUUACUAUCCCUGACCUCGUGAUGGCGGGGUUAGAUGAGAACUACAAGUUCUCCACAAUUAACAACUUACCGAUACAGGACAUGGUUAUUCCGAGCGGUAUUCCGGGGCUUUAUUACUUUAUUACACCGAUGACUUUAAACCUCAUCAUGCUUUCAAUCCCUUGUGCUAAGGGCCUUCCGGAUGAAAUUAGGUGGAUGGGAUCUCGUGGGAUUGAGCUGGAGUUUAUAACGCCUGGGUUUAAAGACGGGAAGAAGGUUGAGGUUGAGGUUGAGGAUCCUGUUACGCUUGGGAGCGAUAAUGGAGAUACAGGGUUUUUCUCUAGCUCAUCUUCAACGAGUACUUUGUUUUAG